AUGUGUAAAAAACAAAUUGUUGAUGCGAUAAAAAGUAUCAAAAGAAUUGCAGUGCAGAAAUUUGUCACUGGUCUGCAGGAACGUGAAGCAAAAUGUAUUAGAGAUCGAAUAGAAAAGCUGUUCGAUCAUUCUGUUUGUGGUGGCAAAUAUAAACGAAGUAUUUUGUUGGUAACGGCAUAUAAGGCACUCGGUGGGAAACAAGAUGAAGAACAAAUGAAAAUGAUAACAAAUACAGCAGCCUGUUUGGAACUUUUGCAAAGCUUUUUCCUCAUCGAGGAUGAUGUAAUGGAUGAAGGUGUUAACAGGAGAGGCAAACCAUGUUGGCAUCGAUUGGAAGGGAUAGGAAUGAACGGAAUCAAUGACGGACUGCUGCUGGAUUGCAUGGUGUCGUACACCUUGCGCAGUAAUCGAAUCCCGGCCGCAGUUAGAGAUGCUUUUGAUGAAGCUCGGCGUGUUACGGUCCUUGGGCAAAUACUUGACAGUGAUACAAAAGGUGUUGAAGACUGCACUUGGCAAAGACAUCGGACAAUAACGCAGCACAAGACAUCGCAUUAUACUUAUUUCACACCAUUGCAAAUUGCAGCUCUUUCAACUGCACAACCUUUGAUCAUUGAACCAUUGAAACGGAUCGCGUACCAACUUGGUUAUCUCUUCCAGUCUAAGGAUGAUUACAUGGAUUGUUUUGGCGAUAAAUCAAUAAUGGGCAAGGUAGGAAAUGACUUGAGGGGAGCGAAGUGCACAUGGGUCACCUGCAAAGCAGUAGAGAAACUGAUAAAUCAGCCAAGCUUCCUGGUAGAUUUUCAGGAACAUUUUGGUAAACGAAGUAUUACUUCGGAACGAAGACUGAAAGAUAUUCUGACGCAUUUGCGGGUAGCAGAUGAUUUCCCCUUAUUUCGUGAAAGAUGCGCGGUUGAAAUACUCAACAGUAUUGAUCAUUUUCCGAUGAUAGAUCUUAGACCAAUCCUACGACAAUCAGUCGAUGAUUUAGUGAAUGCGAACCUCUGUUAA